AACCCCGGUCCAUCUCAACGUCCACUCCGGCUUUUGGUAGUGCAGCCUCCAAAAUUUUGGGAGACGACAGCCUCAUUUUGCGAACUCUGAGCUGCUGCGACUCCGCCAACCCGCCAAAUUCCCGAACCACCGGCUCAGAUCCCCCACAACAAGAGUACCCGAGAACCGAGACGUUGAAGAGGUCGCCAAACCAAAAGGAGGAGGAAACUUGGAGAAAAGCAAUUGGCUUUUGGGGGCCACAGACACGCACACAUCAGCACACAUAUCAAGAUGGCCUCCUCCUCAAUAGCCAAGAACCUCGCCCAGCUGAACUCCAUGCGGGAGAUUCACGGCGUAGUCGUCACCGCAGGGCUGAUCGACAAGACGGUCAAAGUGCGCGUGGGAGGGCUAAAGUGGAAUAACUUCCUCAAGAAGCACUUCGACGACCCGAAAACCUAUCUCGUCCACGACCCCGCCAACUCCCUCCGCCAGGGCGACGUCGUCGCCAUCAGCCCCGGCUGGCGCACCUCCAAGUCCAAGCGCCACGUAGUCAAGCACAUCAUCGCCCCCGGCGCCGGCCUUCCCAUCUCGGCCCGCCCCCCAAUCCCCUCCGCCGAAGAGCUCGUGAGGCAAAGGGUGGUCAAGAAAGAAGCAAAGGAGGUGAGGAAGAGCCUGAAGGACGUCGCCGAAAAGACGGAGAGGUCUCUGCAAUUUGUAAAGGCGGAAGCUGCCGAGGUGGAGAAGGAGCUGAAGACGCUGACGUUGAUCCUCGAGUCGAGGACGAAGAAGAAGUACGGGUGGUUGUCCAAGCAAACGUAAUGAAAAUGAAAAGACUUGGGGUUAUUGUCAGGGAGUGUGGUGGGUGCAUCGGAUAGUAGGCAUUGGGAGACGGAGUCUGGGUUUUAGGCUCUGUCAAAAGGUGUACGAUUUCAGGAAGAAACAUGAAUGGUCCAUAUGCAUGUGUACAUAUAUACAAUAUUGGGUGGAGGUUUGUAGCAUCAAGAUAUACCAAAGAGUGGAAAUACUAGGCAUCAGAAACAUGACAAAG